GGUCAAACCUGUCGGAAACUGACAAUCCAGAGGAACCCUAACAUAAUAGCUUUUCGUGUCACUUGGACAAGGCAUAACUCCAAGGCGCGUGUGCUCUCUCUCUCUCCGCUGGUUCCUUAAAAAAAAUCGACACACGCUUCUUCACCUCCAUCAUCCUCGAAGCUCAGCUCAGCUCAAUCUGAAUCUCUCAAUUAUCUCAGUUAAACUUUUGGUAUUGCUUAUUUAUUUAGAAGAUCCUUUGAGAGAUGGCAGAUCGAUUGACACGUAUUGCUAUCGUGAGUUCAGACCGUUGCAAGCCUAAGAAAUGUCGCCAAGAGUGUAAGAAGAGCUGUCCUGUGGUCAAGACAGGAAAACUUUGUAUUGAGGUGACUGUUGGUUCCAAGCUUGCUUUCAUCUCAGAGGAGUUGUGCAUUGGUUGCGGUAUUUGCGUUAAGAAAUGUCCAUUUGAAGCUAUUCAGAUUAUCAAUCUUCCCAGAGACUUAGAGAAAGACACGACCCAUCGUUAUGGUGCAAACACUUUCAAGUUGCACAGGCUUCCAGUUCCAAGGCCAGGGCAGGUCCUAGGGUUGGUUGGGACAAAUGGUAUUGGCAAAUCAACCGCUUUGAAAAUUUUGGCAGGAAAGCUCAAACCAAACUUGGGCCGUUUCACUAAUCCUCCAGACUGGCAAGAAAUCUUGACUCACUUCCGUGGGUCUGAACUUCAAAACUACUUCACCCGUAUUCUAGAAGAUAAUCUAAAGGCCAUUAUAAAGCCUCAGUAUGUCGACCACAUCCCAAAAGCUGUGCGAGGCAACGUUGGAGAGGUCCUUGACCAGAAGGACGAGAGAGACAAGAAGGCGGAACUCUGUGCUGAUCUGGAGCUGAACCAGGUCAUUGAUCGUGACGUUGAGAAUUUAUCUGGUGGUGAGCUGCAGAGGUUUGCUAUCGCUGUUGUCGCCAUACAAAACGCUGAGAUAUACAUGUUUGAUGAGCCGUCUAGUUACCUUGACGUUAAGCAAAGACUCAAAGCUGCUCAAGUCGUCCGCUCCCUCCUUAGGCCUAAUAGCUAUGUCAUUGUGGUGGAGCAUGAUCUCAGUGUUCUUGACUACUUGUCGGAUUUCAUUUGCUGUCUGUAUGGGAAACCAGGAGCCUACGGUGUUGUGACUCUCCCCUUCUCUGUUAGAGAAGGAAUCAACAUUUUCUUGGCUGGGUUCGUUCCCACAGAGAAUCUACGUUUUAGAGAAGAGUCGCUGACCUUCAAGGUUGCUGAGACUCCACAAGAAAGUGCUGAAGAAAUACAGUCGUACGCUAGGUACAAGUACCCAACCAUGACCAAAACUCAAGGAAACUUCAGGUUGAAAGUGACGGAAGGUGAAUUCACCGACUCUCAGAUUAUUGUUAUGCUUGGGGAGAAUGGUACUGGGAAGACAACAUUUAUCCGGAUGCUGGCGGGUUUGUUAAAACCAGACGAGACAGAAGAAUCAGACAUAGAGAUACCAGAAUUCAAUGUUUCUUACAAGCCACAAAAGAUCAGCCCCAAGUUUCAGAAUUCAGUUAGGCACUUGCUACAUCAGAAGAUUCGAGAUUCUUACAUGCAUCCUCAGUUUGUGUCGGACGUGAUGAAGCCGCUUCAGAUUGAGCAGUUGAUGGAUCAGGAAGUUGUCAAUCUCUCAGGAGGAGAGCUGCAAAGGGUUGCAUUAGCUCUGUGCCUCGGAAAGCCUGCGGAUAUAUACCUGAUUGAUGAGCCAAGUGCAUACCUCGAUUCAGAGCAACGUAUUGUGGCUUCUAAAGUCAUUAAGCGGUUCAUUCUCCAUGCAAAGAAAACUGCAUUUAUAGUCGAGCAUGACUUUAUAAUGGCUACCUAUUUAGCCGACCGGGUCAUUGUCUAUGAAGGACAGCCAUCCAUUGAUUGUGUUGCAAAUUGUCCUCAGUCACUACUCAGUGGAAUGAAUCUCUUCCUCUCUCAUCUAAACAUCACCUUCAGACGGGAUCCCACCAAUUUCAGACCAAGAAUAAACAAAUUAGAGUCGACUAAAGACAGGGAGCAAAAGUCUGCUGGCUCAUACUACUACUUGGACGAUUAAGACAACUACCAUGAGAACAUAGGGGCAUGAUCUGGAUACAACAUUGUCUGAAUUCCACAAAGGUCUUUCGCUCUGAGGAAGUUGAUCUUAUGAGGUCGGGAUAGUGUUUCUCUUAUCAAGCUUUUGAUUGUUUGUUCAUAAGUUUUGCUUCUAAGAUUUGCCAUUGCCGUCUUCCUCUUCCUGGACACUUAGCAAGUUUUUUUAUUAACUUACAAUAAAACACACUGAAUCCUUUUUAACUUUUUUGGCAUUUGUACUUUCUUUACUGUUGUAAUGUUAUUAUUUGGAUUUACAAGGAAUGUACUGCCUAUUACUAUUUUA